AUGAGUCAAUCACGACUUGCCUCUUGUAUUCCUCUACCUAUUGAGAAUAAACUUUUGACCAAUGUUGUUGAAAAAGCGAAGGACUGGGCUCUAAUGCAUGGUGUGGGCAUGCGUGAUAAGGUCCAUUUUUCCAAGGAUUCUAUACAGAUAGCUCCAUUUGUGUUAUUGCCGUCACCUUUUCCAAGGACAGAGUUUACAAAAGCAGUGGAUCUCCAGCCAGUGCUAAAUGAACUGAUGCAUAAGGUGGCGCAUGAUGACGAAUUCCUUGAGAAAACUCUUCAAAAUGCACUCCAAGUUGAUGACUUCACAGCCAAGUUAUAUGACAUAUGGGUUAAAGUUCGGGAGGAGGGGAUAACACAGGCACUGAGUCUGGGUCUCUUCCGCUCGGACUAUCUCAUGCAACAACCUGACAGCAAUCGAAUAAAACAAGUGGAAUUUAAUACUGUGGCUGCGAGUUUUGGCGCCAUCACAUCAAAUCUACCCACCAUGUAUCGUUACGUCAUGAGACAGCUGGGUCAUGGUGAACUUAUUAAGAACAUGCCAGAAAACAAAGCAUUAUCCGGUUUAUGCUCUGGUAUAAUCGAAGCGUACGAUUUGUUCGCUGUGCCUUCGGCUGUCGUUCUCUUCGUAGUGGAAGAAGUCUCAUACAACAUUUGCGAUCAACGCUUCCACGAGUUUGAAAUAUCGGAGAAGCGGCCGGAUAUUAUGAUUUAUAGAAAAACUUUGAACGAAAUAUUUGAAGAGGCAGAGUUGAAUGAUAAGAAGCAACUUAUUAUUGAAGGACAGCCAGUGGCAGUAGUGUACUACCGGUCUGGAUAUGAGCCGGCGCAGUAUCCGUCGCAAAAAGAGUGGGACGCCAGGCUUAGAGUCGAGAGGUCUUCAGCCAUAAAAUGUCCAUCGAUCCACUACCAGUUGGCCGGCACGAAGAAGGUGCAACAGGCCCUCGCAGCGCCAGGCGCGCUCGAAAAAUUCAUGUCUGAGAGCGAAGUGAGUUCCAGAGUGAGGGAUAUCUUCACUGGGCUGUACUCGCUCGAUUUUGACGAAAACGGCGAGAGAGCGGUGGAGAUGGCUAUCGCUGAUGCUGAGAGAUUCGUAUUAAAACCUCAACGUGAAGGCGGUGGCAACAAUUUGUACGGCGCUGACGUUAAAGAAGCACUGAUAAGGAUGAGACACAGCCGCGAACGAGCCGCUUAUAUCCUCAUGGAGAGGAUCUUACCACCCUUGAUAUCCGGGUACGUAGUGCGUGCGGGCGGUAGUAUGCCCCCAACUUUAUGCGAUCUCGUAUCGGAGCUAGGCAUUUUCGGUGUUAUUAUUGGUACCAAAGAAAAAAUCCACAGCAAUCGUCAAGUGGGACACAUGUUACGUACCAAAUUGGCGGACGCGAACGAGGGAGGCGUGGCCGCUGGCCUCGGGGCCUUAGAUUCGCCAUAUUUACUCGAUUUAUAA